CUUCCCCCGAAAGCCAAAGCAGGGCGAAGGAGCACUUUCCCCGCCCACCGGGGCGGCACUGACUCUGCGACUCGGCUGCUCUUUGGCAGGACUCUCCUCCUUUGCCCGGCGAGAGAGGGAGGAGGGAGUCUCGCCAUGCCUGCCUGCCUGCCUGGUGCUGCUGCUGGGGGUCUCAGCCUCCUUUCUUCCCCUCCCUCGCCGGUGUCGACCUGGGGGCGGGGGCGAAGCGGUGAUGGUGGUGGUGGCGGGGACGGAGGGCAGUUUGUGUGGCGGCGCCCAACCUGAGCGGAGCACGAGCGUCGCCUGCGUGUGCUGCCUGCCUGGGACGGGACGGGACGGGAGUGCCUCAUGCCGAGGAGGGCCUGGCUGGCAGCAUCCCGCGGCCGCGUCGUCCUCCUGCCUCUGGCGCCUCCUGUCCCGGUUUGGGCGACUCGUUCGAGGGCCACGAAGUCUGCUGUUGGGCGCAACAAAUGGGAGAUACAAAACCCAAAAUCUUUGUUUCAUUUCAAACUGCAGCUGAAGGCAAACCUAAAACUGAUUAGUUCUGGUCUCACUUCAAGCAAAAGCAGAGCAGUCUCUCGUUGGCAUUUUUAAGCUGUGGAGAUUAGAAAUGUCUGUUUGAAACAGUGCACUAUUAUGUCUUCUAUAAAGCACACUUCCAUAUUGCCUUUCAGUUUUAAAAACCAUUCCAGUAAAAAUAAAAUUCCAUUGAAACCUUGUAUUUAUUUGAACAGAAACAAGCACAUUGUGUAUGCUUUAUAUUCUCUUAAUCAAAUAUUCAAAUGUUCUCCUAACCAAAUGCAAAUACUUGCAGCUUUUAGGAAUUUUAGAUAUUAUAUACAGCAGAGGUUUUUUGUUUGUUUUCUAAAGUUACUAAUGCUUACUAAAUAUAUAAGUCAAACAAACCUAAUUUCAUCACAAUCUAUUUAGGGUUUUGGAAAAUGUCGUAAAGCACUUUCCAGAAGGAUUUCCCAUUCUUAUUUGAACUGUAAAACACAUCAUUGAUUCAAAGUCUACCUCUAUAGAAAAGCUAACUUAGCACUGGUUUUGAUCAGCAGGUGUUUUAUCAAGUGCACACUGAUGUUUCUCUCUUUAUUUACAGAAUAUUUGCAGAAUGGCAUCGGAGACAGAUGACUCAUCAGCCAGGUCUAGCCCAAACAGGCUGCAUCAGCCAACAUCAGCUGAUGCAUCUCCAGACUCCACGUGUCCAAUCUGCUUGGACCAGUUUGAAGAUGUGGCUUCCUUAGACAGUUGUCGCCAUAGAUUUUGCUUUCGAUGUGUGCAGGAGUGGUCCAACACCAAAGCAGAAUGUCCACUCUGCAAACAGUAUUUUCAGACAAUCCUGCACAGUCUGAGUGCUGAAGAUUACUAUGAGGAAUAUAUAGUAAGGCCUUCAGGUGAUGAUGCUUAUUUUCUUCCUCAUGGGAGGCGAUUCUAUUAGGAGACUACACUGAGGGAACCUUCCUCAUCUAGAACUUUUAGGACAGCGUUUCCUCCGGAUGAAGAGGUAUUGUUUGAAGGGCUGUUGAGCCAGCCAGCCAGGCUUAGAGAUUCAGAGAUGCAUCCGAUAAUCAGAUGCCUUGUGUCAAGGCACCAGUCUGGCGUGGAACGCCUAUCUCUUAGAAGGAUUCUACAACAGGGUAUAAUUAACUACCGAAGAGCUCUAUAUCGCUCUGGUAUCCGAGUUAGAAGCAAUCCAGGUGAAGGACCCUAUAGAGUUAUCUCAGCUGGAUAUUUCCGCAGCAAUCCUGCCAGGCUUUGCAGGCUAAUCCCGUGGGUAAAGCGUGAACUUAGUGUUUUGUAUGGUGCUCGUGAAUCGCUAGUCGCUACUGUAACUCAUGCUAUCAUGAGCAAUGUAGCUAGAAUUGAAAUGGAGAGCCAGGCAUUCGCUGAAUAUUUAAAACCUUUCUUGUUGCAUUGCACAGAACACUUUAUCCACGAAUUCAUCAGCUUUGCCAGUGGCCCUUGUGAUAUAGAUUCAUAUGAUAAGCAUGCAAAUUAUGAUUGUCCUGCUCCUUCAUAUGAAGAAAGAAGACCACCUGAACCCUCCAUUAUUACGAUCUCUCCAAAUGAGGCAGAUUCCCAACAACUAGAUCGUAAUGCUUUCACAGUUGGUAUUGGUCAGGCACCUUGGGAUGAUAAAACAUCAGGCCCUUCUUACUCCAGGUCAGAGCAGGUUUGUGCUACUAUAUCUGCUGCUUUGGACACUUUGGAAAGCUCUGAUGAAGAGCACUUUGAAAACACAAUUGAGCCUCCAAGAAAGUUACCGGCAAGCGCGAAGACCAAUGCUGUCAGUGGCCAUUCCUCUCACAACUGUGUUAGUGUUGGCAACGUGAAACCAGUAGCAGAGAGAACUCCUGGACCUUUUGAGUUAUCUUCAUACUCUGAGGCAUCAGCUGAGGGGGGAAAAAGUGAAGAAAUGACGCAAGAGCCCGUCGCCACCCGCCCAACCAGGAUCCUCUUGGCAGCGCAGCUCAGCCUCCCGCUGCCUCCUCUCCUCUCGCCACCCUUGCUAGCUGCCCCCAGCCACCGGAUGGAGCAGCACCCUCUCAUCCUCCUCCUCCUCCUCCUCCUCCUCCAACCCCCAACCGACGUUUCCCUUCCUUCAGUCCCGAACUCUCGUAGCAUCUCGUGA